AUGUCUUUGGUUCCUUACAACUACAACGACAACGAGGCAAGGGAUGAUCAAAAUCCGCCUGAAUUUAUUCCCCAGGAUAACGAAGGGUCGGCCAACGAUCCUCUCCUUCAUGGCAUCUUGCGUCCCUACCGCUCCAACUAUCGCCGAAACUUCGAAAAUAGCUUCCAACCCACCGGCCGUCCUGCCAACUUGCGCUACAACAGUCGCAUCUUUUUAAAAUACGGCCAUAAAGGAGAAUGGAAGAAAAACAAUUACCAGCCGAAGAACUUCUCGUCGCCGCAGAACGGGCAAAACUUUCAUGAGCCACAGAACGGUCGAAAUUUUCAGCAGCCACCGAACUGCCCUGACUUUCAAGGUGUACCUCAUGAAAACUUGCAAGAAAAUGUACCUAAUGAGAACGUUGAAGAAGUAGUUGCUCCUCAACAAUUGGACAUAGUGGAUAACGGGAAUCCACAGGUGUCAAUACAAAAUCAGCAAAUGCAAAAUCUUCAAAUGGAGUUUUCGCAAAUGCAGGCUCUGCCAAUGCAGAUGCAAGCUCCUCCGAUGCAAAUGCAGACUCCCCCGAUGCAGAUGCUGGUUCCGCCAAUGCAAAUGCAAGUUCCCCCAAUGCAGAUGCAGAUUCCUCCAAUGCAGAUGCAGGUUUCUCCGCUGAUUCCAAUGCAAGCUCCAAUACCGAACAUUUCAGCUCCAAUGCACACGCUUAUGCUACCACCUCCGCCAAUGCCUUAUAUGUUCAACUUUGGACCGCAACAGCAGCAGCAACAACAAGCAUACUGGCCGCCUAUGAUUCCGCAAGGUCCUGUUUUUAUGACACCCCAGAAAACACCUAUGCAGCAGAUUUCAGGAUUUCGGUAUUCUCCAUCAUCUCCAACAGUGCUCCCUGUGCAGACCAGUCGCGGCACUGUGCACUACUACGACUACAAUCCUGUUUAUCAGCCAGCAUCUACUUGGCAGAAUCAGCAGGCUAUGGUUUCCAACGGGAGAAUGAUUGGCUACAACGGUCAACCUGGCGACGAAGUGGCUCAAAAUGGUUCUUAUGGCACCGAUAUCCCUCAUGAGAAUAACUACUAUUCUCCUAUUUAUCGAUACUAG